AUGGGGUUGAUGGUUGCUGAACAGGACUUUAAAUACCAUUGGAGAUGUGAGAAGGAGAAGAUCACCCACUUAUGUUUUGCUGAUGAUCUUAUAGUCUUUUGUAGAGCUAAGGUUGGUUCUGUCUCGCUCAUUGGAGAAUGCCUUAAUCGAUUCAAAGCUCUUUCUGGACUUCUUCCUAAUCCAGAUAAGAGUAAUUUAUUUGCCAGUGGUGUUUCUACAUAUCUUAAGGAUCAGUUGCUUGAUGUUUUGGGGUAUAAGGAGGGCGUGCUGCCGGUACGUUAUCAUGGCGUUCCGCUAAUCUCUAGCAAAUUGAGGGCUUCGGACUGUAAGAUGCUGGUGGACCGUAUUAUAGCUACGGCUAAGAGUUGGACCUGUCAAGCACUCUCCUAUGCAGGGAGGCUACAACUUAUUAAUACAGUGUUAUUUUCUAUUCAGGUCUACUGGUCCUCUGUAAUCCUUUUACCUAAGGCUGUGAUCAAGCAAGUGGAAAAUUCACUACGGGUCUUCUUGUGGAAGGGUAGUGACCUUGGCAUCGGUGGGGCUAAAGUGGCUUGGGCAAAAAUCAGUAUGCCUAAGGAAGAAGGUGGUUUGGGUCUGCGGGGAUUGGAAAUUUGGAAUAAGGCUACCAUAGGACGGAGCAUUUGGGAAUUGAAGUGUCCUAAGGAUUGCUCUUGGAGUUGGAGGAAAAUUCUUGGACUCCGGGAUAUAGGGAGGGACAAAAUAAAAUCCAGAAUUGGGAAUGGUAGACAUACCUCGCUUUGGUAUGAUAAUUGGCAUCCUCUUAGCCCUUUAGAGAAGUUUCUUGGAGAGAGGAUCAUUCGUGAAUCCAGAUUGAGUAGACAAGCUAAGCUAGCAAUUCAAGGUGGCAUUUAUACACAGUCAAAGCUUCUUCGCUUUGGUUUGGUACAGUCUAUGAGUUGUGUAUUGUGGGGUUGUUCGAUGGAGGAUUUGGAUCAUCUUUUCUUUACUUGUCCAUUUUCGGAGCGUGUUUGGCAUGCUUUGCAUGCAAAAUCUUUAGUUUAUGCUAUUUGGCGUGAGCGUAAUGCUAAGACCCAUGGUGAGGCUCCUAAACACGAGUUUACCAUUAUUCGAGACAUUGUUUUUUCUAUUAGUGCACGUGUUAAUUUAUGUAAGGGCUUGGUUCCAUCUAAUGAGAAUAGAUGGCUCCAACGUUCAUGGGAUGAAGAACCCACUGUAAGUUAUAUGGAUUUUAUCUUGAAGCCGAUUAGUGCUGAAAGUACCUUCACAAAGGGGAGUUAUUAA